AGAGAGAGGAGAGGAAGCAGCAGCAAACGGAGUGGGCGUAUGUAGGGCAGAGAUGUAAACACAAGCUGGAUUUUCAACCACGUCCCACCUCCUCCUCCUCCUCCUCCUUCCUCCCGGGCCAUCCGAGAUGGAGACGGAGAGGGUCGCGUCGGAGCAAGAGGGAGAGGCGGAGCCGCCCAUGCACAGCGUGCACGGGACCAACCGCGUCCGGCCGUCGUCCUACAGGGCCCUGCGCAGCGCCGUGUCCACGCUGGCCCGCCUGGACGACUUCAGCUGCGAGAAGAUUGGAGCGGGGUUCUUCUCCGAGGUGUUCAAGGUGCAGCAUCGUGUAACGGGCCAGGUGAUGGCUCUGAAGAUGAACAUCUUGGCCAGUAACAGAGCCAACAUGCUCAGGGAGGUCCAGCUCAUGAACAGACUGUCCCACCCCAACAUACUCAGGUUUAUAGGAGUGUGUGUCCAUGAGGGGCAGCUUCACGCCCUCACAGAGUACAUCAACGGCGGCAACUUGGAGCAGCUGCUGAGCAGCGACGUGUAUCUGUCGUGGAGCGUCCGGCUCAGCCUGGCUCUGGACAUCGCUCGAGGACUGAAGUACCUGCACAGCAAGGGCAUCUUCCACAGGGACCUCACCUCCAAGAACUGCCUGGUGCGUUGGGAGGGUGGCAGGUGUUCGGCUGUAGUGGGAGACUUUGGCCUUGCAGAGAAGAUCCCAGAUUACAGUGAGGAGGAGGUCCAGGAGCCCCUGGCUGUUGUCGGCUCCCCCUACUGGAUGGCUCCGGAGGUGCUGAGAGGAGAAGUGUACAAUGAGAAGGUGGACGUGUUCGCGUACGGGAUUAUCUUGUGCGAGGUCAUCGCGAGGAUACAGGCCGACCCAGACAUCCUGCCGCGCACCGAGGACUUUGGUCUAGAUGUUGAGGCUUUCCGGCUGAUGGUGGGGGACUGUCCACCCGACUUCCUAGAAUUGGCCAUUGCUUGCUGUAAUAUGAAUGCAAAACUCCGUCCAUCUUUCUCUGGAAUCGUAGCAGAGCUGGAGAAGAGGAAAGCUGAGAGAAAGCAAAGGGAUGAACCACAGAUUAUCGUUGCUUCUCCAGUCGUCGGCCCCCUUCGAAGGCAGUCCCUCGGAUUGAUGUCCGAUCCCCGUCUCUCCCGCAGCAAGUCCGACAUGCUGCAUCCUGCGGACGCGCUGCCUUGUAUAACUUUGGCACCUCCCACUCGCGUCAACCCCUUUUCCCAGCGGGAGGACCUAAAGGGCGGCAAGAUCAAGCUUUUUGACACGCCCAGCAAGUCGGUCAUCUCCCUGACCUUCACCCUGCCUCCGCCGCCAGACUGCAMCGACGUUCCGGGUUCUGACGACGACGUCGACAUGCCCCGGAGGCACCGACGCUGCCACUCCCUGCCCUGCACGCCUCCGCCGCACCUCACGUCGGCGCCGAACACCGCGCUCACCGAGGAGUCCGAGACGGACCACGUGAGCCGGGCGGGGGAGGAGGAGGACGGUUUGUUGGGGGGCGAUUCGGGUCUCCCAAUGUCCUUUGAACCUCUGUCCAUGGACUUGGAGGGGGAGGAGGAGCCAAUGGACUGCACCAGCUCCCCGGACUCGCAGGACCUCGCCUCAUCUCCUUACACCAAACCUCCUCCUCCUCCGUCUUGCUCCUCGACUCCCUUCCAACCUCCCAAGCCUCCCUUCUCAAACGGCUGGGGGUCCGCGGUCUCCAACGGGCCCCCGUGCCUGCCCCCGCUCUCCAGUUUGGACAACGGUCGACCGCUCAGCUGGAGCGCGGCCCCCGACACUCCCUCCACCAACAACAACGGCUACCACACCCCUCCCAGCGACCCGGCCGGCUCGUCUCCCUUCGGCUCCGGCAGCGGGCACUCCCUAGACCAGGAGGAGGUGAUCUCCUGUCCGGGCUGCUGCCUGGCGGGCCUCCGCUUCCCCUCGGUGUGCCUCCGAGCACCGCCGCGCCGAAACCCCUACAAGAACUUGAACGCGGACCACGCAGCCUCCCGCGGGCUGCUGUGCUCGGGAUCCAAGGGCCUCCCGCCCUCCUCCACCCCCACAACCACCAACACCAGCCUGGAGCCGGGACUCACUUUGCCGGGGCCGCAGACAUAAACCGGUAAACCGUGUCUCUCUCUCUCUUCCCUGGAAAUUAAGCGGGUCUUCUUAAAAUUUGCACAGAUUUUAAUGCAGCAAUACUCGACUUGUUUUCCAGACACACUUUUUUUCUUGCCCUGGGGUACUCUGAGUCGUCUGCAUGGGUUCAUUAAAAUACUGUUCAGACUUAAAAUUAAAAAAAACAAAAAACAAAAAAAAACAGGCUGGCUUCCUCUGGGAAGCUAUCAGACAAGAACUGAGCUGGUGACGCCCUCUGCUGGACUGAGGGCGCUCUAACACGUGACGUCGGCCAUGGAUGGAGAUUUUGACUGCCCAGAAUAGAUAAGCAUGUAAACACUCCAGUUUGGGGCUGAAUCCUGUAUAUUUACAGUUGUAAAGAUUCUUAUGACAGAUGAUACUGAUUAAGCUAAUGAGGAAUGUUCAGCUUAGUAUUAAUACUGUUGCAAUGAUUUCUCCUUUUUUUUGUUUUGUUUUGUGCUGCUUCUGAAUGAACAGGCAGUUUUGCUUUAAUGUCUUUAAUUAUUAAAGGUGUAUGGUGCAUUACAGAGGAUGUUUGAGGAUUAGGAGUGUGAGUGAUUCAGUGUGUGAGGCUGUGUGUGUUCUGUACACCAUUCUUAUUAUUUUUGUUGCUGUAUGAUCUCUGAUGGCCUGUCUGGUUGGCCUGUUUAAGCACUUCAACUGUAUUAUUAUUGUUAUUAAGGAAGCUGUUUAUUGUUUGUUAUAUUUGGGAAUGAAUGGUCAAAGACCUGCUUGAAAGAUGUACAGAUUCUUAUUAUUUAAAGAUGGCAUUGAAUAAAAAGAUAGAAUGAACUGAA